AUGUUUCCGCCAGGGCAAACGGAGUCAACGGGUGCGGGUCGCGUCCAAGCAAGUCCAGGCGGCCAGGUACAACAGGCUGGAAACGUCCAAGCAUCGAAACGUCUGGAAGCGGGCCUCGCACCACGCAGUGAUAGGCGAUGGUGUUUUCACAAGGCGCUUCGGGAAGUCGCAAGGCUGGUCGGCUUUGAUUGGACGCUGACCCUUCCCGCAAAGCUACAACGUCGAGACUUCAUUGGAGCGCAUUGCCCCGUUCCAGAUGCAAUGCUCCAGAUGUGUACUGUCGCAGUGCGACAUAGGUUGACGCCCAUCCACUGA